AGAACAUGCGUUAAUCAGAUUUGGAAACAAUCAAUAGGAAAUAAGCAGCAGAGAAGAGAUAAUGAAUCACACAAGUAUGAACUUAGGUGCUACAAAUCCAGCCAAUCCCUUGAACUACCCUCCGCAGCCCCAAGUUGUCAUUCCGAUUUCUCUCCCACAACCGAAACAACCGCCACCGAAUUUGCCAUCCGGAGAGCUACUCAAAGGGAGUAGAGAAGACUACAUGAAGAUUGGUGUUAAACUCUAUGAAGCGUCGAUCAAAGGCAAUUGGGAACUUGCUAAAGGGAUCCUAGAUGUCCAACCCAAGUUGGUACGCUUUGCCAUCACGGAAAAUUAUGAAACACCACUGCAUAUCGCCGCAUCCGCUGAAAGCACCAAGUCCUUGGAAGUGUUUGUAAAAGAACUAGUGAAACUGAUGGAAAAGGAGGAUUUAGAGCUACAAAACCAAAACUACAAUACCGCUCUCUGUUUGGCAGCUGCGGCAGGAAAUGUACAAAUAGCCAAGAUAAUGGUGGGCAAGAACAGGGCUGUUCUCAAUAUCCCUGCUGCUAAUAACAUGAUGCCACUCUAUAUGGCCGCUUUAUUUGAUAAACCUGAAAUGGUAAAGUAUCUUUACGCGGAAUCCAAUAAAAUGGCAGGAGAUUUUUGGACAAUUGAUAAUCAAAGUUGGGUUCUACAGAAAUGUGUCGAGAAUGAUAUGUUUGAUACGGCUCUGAUGAUAGCGAAGGAUCUUCCUGAACUCACCGAUGGCAAGAAGAGAUUACUUUCAGAGGUACUUGUAGCUCUGGCUCAGAAGACAGAGGCAUUUGAAGGCAAAAAACCACAUAUCACCUUGAGCAUCAUCAAGUCCAUUUGGGCUAGCUUUCCUUCGAGGCCAGUGCGUGUUGAAAAGGACAGUGAUGUAGUGCAGUUAUUAAAGCUAAUUUGGGGUAAGGUUUCCAUAAUGUCUAAAAAGGAUAUCGAUGACAUAAUCCGAGGGCAACCUUCUGAAGAGAAAACGAAGGAAGAUAAAACGAAGGAAGAUAAAAUUAAAGAAGAUAAACCGAAGGAAGUUAAAAAAAGGAUUGUGUACCCGUCCAGAGUACUAUUUCUUGCUGCAAAAAUGGGAAACACAAGAUUCAUAAUUGAGCUCAUUCAGUCAUAUCCAGAUCUGAUAUGGAAAAAGGAUGACAAUGGACUAAGUAUAUUUCACAUAGCUGUCAAACGUCGUCAAGCAAAGAUCUAUAAUUUGUUGUAUGAGAUAGGGUCCAUGAAAGAUCUAAUAACUCCUUUGAAAGACACCCAAGGCAAUAAUAUGUUGCACUUGGUUGGAAAAAGUGCUAAACAAAAUCGAUUUCAGAAUGUUUCAGGAGUCGCUCUACAAAUGCAACGAGAGUUAUUAUGGUUCGAGGAAGUAGAGAAAAUGAUCCCUCCUAGUUACAGGCAAAAGAAAAACGUUGAUAAUAAAGUACCACGUGACAUAUUCACAAAGGCGCAUGAAGAUCUAGUUAAAAAUGGUGAGAAAUGGAUGAAGGACACAGCUGCCCAGUGUAUGGUGGUUGGUACACUUAUAGCUACCAUGGUGUUUGCUGCGGCUUUUACGCUUCCCGGUGGAUAUGACCAGAACACUGGUAUUCCCUUUUUCCGUCAAAAACCAGCCCUUAUUGUUUUCGUAAUCUCAGAUGCCAUUUCUUUAAUAUUCUCUUCAACGUCGGUUCUCAUGUUCUUAUCCAUCCUCACAUCUCGUUAUGCUGAACGCGAUUUCUUGGAAUCUUUACCCAAAAAGCUGAUGUUCGGUCUUGGAACACUCUUUCUCUCUAUUGUGACCAUGAUGGUUGCUUUUAGUUCAAGCUUCUUGGUUCUAUACCACGAAAACUUGAAAUGGGUGCCAAUAAUCAUCGGUGGUCUUGCUGCCUUUCCGGUCAUUGUGUUUGCCAUACUGCAAUUUCGCCUUUUAGGGGAUGUCUUCCACUCAAUAUAUAGAUCCAGAUACCUCUUUAAGCCCACAAAACGCAUGCUUUACUAUUAAAGGCAUGGCUAUGAUUUCAUUUAAGAUGUAUGAGUACUUUAAUUUGCAUCUUUUUCCUUUUAUUUAUCAUAGUUGAUCUAUUAAAGACCCAGACUCAUGGGCCUAAUGUAUGUUUUGAUGUUGUUUUCUCUAUCAUAUCUUAGGUGUAUUUGGUAUCUCCCCUGCUUAAUUUCAUGUUUAGUCAUGGUAACA